CUCGGAGCUUUUGUUGUAUAGAUGUGACACGUCAAGACAUAUCCACGUGUCAAAAAUGUAUGAGGUAUUUAUUUAUGUCCUUUUAUUUAACUGAGGUUGAAGCAACGCAUUGAAUACGAUGAAAGAUACAUUGUUACAAGUUAGUCGUCCGUGGAUGCGUAUUAUUAAAUAAUUUAUAGACGUUUAUUCUCGGACGAGUCAUAAAAAUGCUGAGGCGACGACAUGUCAACGUUAAGACAGUCAAAGAACUGGACGCGUUUCCCAAAGUACCCGAGUUGUAUGUUGACAAAACCGCAGUUGGAGGAACGUUUUCCAUCUUCACAGUCUGCUUCAUUGCAUAUUUAAUAAUAGCCGAGACAAGCUACUUUCUUGAUAGCAGAUUACAAUUCAAAUUCGAGACAGACACUGAUAUUGAUGCAAAAUUACAAAUUAACAUUGAUAUAACAGUGGCAAUGCCAUGUGGUCGUAUCGGUGCAGAUGUUUUGGAUUCCAUGGAAGAAAAUGUAUUUGGCUAUGAUUCCCUGGAACAGGAGGACACAUGGUGGGAAUUAACACCGGAGCAAAGGGCACAUUUUGAAGCUUUAAAACAUAUGAAUUCCUACUUGAGAGAAGAGUAUCAUGCUAUUCAUGAAUUGCUUUGGAAAUCCAAUCAAAUUACUCUUUACAGCGAAAUGCCAAAGCGAUCUUAUGAACCUGAUUACCCGCCAAAUGCUUGUCGCAUUCAUGGCAGUUUGAAUGUAAAUAAGGUGGCAGGGAACUUCCAUAUAACUACAGGAAAGUCCCUGAGUGUGCCUCGUGGUCAUAUACAUAUUUCUGCAUUUAUGACUGACCGAGAUUAUAAUUUUACUCAUAGAAUCAAUAGAUUUUCUUUUGGCGGGCCUAGUCCAGGCAUUGUGCAUCCUCUUGAAGGUGACGAAAAAAUUGCAGACUAUAACAUGAUGUUGUACCAAUAUUUUGUGGAAGUUGUUCCUACAGAUAUUAGAACAUUGUUAAGUACAUCUAAGACAUACCAAUACAGUGUCAAAGAUUAUCAGAGACCAAUCAACCAUAAUGAGGGCUCUCACGGAGUACCAGGAAUUUUUAUCAAAUAUAACAUGAGCGCACUGAAGAUAAAAGUGACUCAACAACGUGACACGAUUUUUCAGUUUUUAGUAAAAUUAUGCGCCACUGUGGGUGGAAUUUUCGUUACAAGCGGACUGAUUAAAAAUAUUGUACAAAGUUUCUGGUAUAUUAUGUGUUGCAAGUUUUUGAACUCUGAGACAAAGGCGGACAACGAUAAAUUAUCCGCUGCAUAUUCUGCGAAUUAUCGAGCGUCCGGUACAAUAAAUUUACUCGAUGUCACAGCUCCACAGAAUAUCGAUAUCAUGCUGAAGCCUCAACAAGAACGAUUCAUUUGAUGUCAGUUGAUACUUGCGAUGCGAGGAGUGAAUGGAAAUGUGCUACGUUAAUACGACCGAGGAAACAAAACAAAAAGAAGUAUGUUUCACGACAUCAGUUUUCGCAUGGAAAAUUAUUUAAUAUCGCUGGUUUGUAUAUUAUAAGUAAUAUUGUGAUAAUAAAUCAUCUUUCAACGAUGGUGAUACAUUUCAACGACGGAUCGAAAAGACUUUACUUUCAAAUAAAAGGACUAAACAACCAAA